CAACACUUUUGCUGGAAGUUGGUCUCUUGAACAUCUUUUUAAUUAUAAUUACGCCCAACUCAGCCGCCACCUGACGCCCACGUCACUGCUUGCGAAGUCCACAUUUUGGACUUUGCUCCGACGAUGGCCUAAAUAAACGCGGCUCUCGCCUGCCAUUUCAUCGUCACCAGUCCCCAGAAACCGCCGUAGAGUUGAGGCCUGAAGAAAUUAAAUGGCUACUGCAAAAACUGUCGUACCUGAAGUUCGUCCCCCGUCAUUGGAAGCCGACGCCGAACAACCUCCGCUCUUCGACGGAACCACCAGGUUAUAUAUGGCUUACUAUUGCCCAUUUGCACAACGAGCUUGGAUCACAAGAAAUUACAAGGGAUUACAAGAUAAAAUUAAAUUAGUGCCUCUAAACCUUCAGAACAGGCCUGCUUGGUAUAAGGAAAAAGUGAACCCUACAAACAAGGUGCCAGCGUUGGAACACAAUGGGAAAGUUAUUGGAGAAAGCCUUGAUUUGAUCAAAUACAUAGAUAGCAACUUUGAAGGCCCUUCUCUUUUCCCAGAUGAUGCUGCUAAAAGACAAUUUGGUGAAGCGUUGAUAGCUUAUACCGAUACAUUCACUGGGGCAGUGUACCCUUCAUUUAAGGGUGACCCAGCAAAGGAAGCAGGUCCUCAGUUUGAUUACUUGAAGAAUGCUCUGCAAAAAUUUGAUGAUGGACCAUUCCUUUUAGGCCAAUUCAGUGGGGUGGACAUUGCAUAUAUUACAUUUAUCGAAAGAUUUCAUGUAUUUUUAAACGAGGUUUUCAAGUAUGAUAUCACAGAAGGAAGGCCUCAUCUAGCUACAUGGAUUGAGGAAUUCGACAAGAUUGAUGCUUACAAGCAAACAAAAUAUGACCCUACCGCGAUUGUUGAACUUUACAAGAAGCGCUUUAUGGUUUAAACGCACAACAGAAAUCAGAGCUCUAACAUAUCGUCGAUAAGCAGCGUGCAUGGUGGGCUUGACCUCGACGGUGUCAAUUGAGAAUUACAAAAGUGCAACGUUUAUUUGCAAUUUUAAUUUGGGUGUAUUUUUAAUUUAAUAGUUAUAGGAUUAUGGAUCCAACCAUGGGAGAUCGAUGACAAUCAAUAAUGUUGUAGAGUAUUACUCCAAACAUUUGCAUUUGAAUUUUUAUGUAAUUUUUCAUUUGAAUGUGGUUUGAUAGAUAAAAGGACCGAUAUCAUUUUAUGUGUGUA